AUGCAUAGAGCGCCUCUGUUUCCCACUGUGAGUACCGGAGACCUUAUGGAAUGUAUCAGUAAUGAGGCUUCUACACGCGUUUCCUCAGAUGAAUGCGAUUAUUUCAAAAGAGGAUGUAAUAACGCGCUCAACAUUCGCCUUUGCUUCAUACCGCCUUCUUUGCUUUCGGCUGACGAUAUCGCUCCUCGCUGUGGGGAGGACGGGACUUCGGAUAACGAUGGUGCUUUUCGGGAGGUUCUCAUUCCCAUAAAGCCGGUGGAACUCGUUUCCACUUCCGUUUCUGGCCUCAUAAAUAAAUUUAUGCGGUGCUUGUGCAAGCGCUACGGCUCGAGGGUCAGACAAUCGGGGCUCACGGUGCGAGCGCUGUGGAUCUGCUGCAUCGCGCCGCGCUCCACUUCGCCCAAGGCUUUUGACGGGGUGACAGCGUGGCAGCGUGGCUUUCGAUCUUCUCCGCUGCAUUCACACCUUGCGGGGUUGGUGAAUCAUCGCAAAAUGAUUAGAAUUGAUGCCUUGAUGAAUGGCGACAACACGUUAGACUCUUUCUUUCCUAUCCCCCGCCGUCACCCCGCUUACGCGCGGAGAUCCCCUGUUGUUUGUGUUUACGACGCUUUCAUUGAGUGGGAGGAGGCUCUUCUCCCUGAGGAGCGAGAGGAGUUUAGGGGUGGGGAGCCGUUGAUCUCCUCCAGAGGUGGCGAUUUACCCUAUAUUAAGGCGGAGGAUAAGCACCAGCCUUUAUGCGCGGCUCACCUUGAGGGUGAGGUCUGCCCGCCGCCUCCCGGGUUGACUGUUCCCUUAGAAGCCGUUCUGGAUCCUAUUCCCUUGAACCCGGUGCGCUCUGUCUAUACGGAUUCAGGUCCGUUGUUAACACCGUACCCCACAGCGGAUUCCGUCGGGAGAAUGGAAGGCUCUGAGGAGAAGGGCGACAGGGGUGUUCCUGCGUGCGCGAAUUCGGAUUCCAUGCAUCUCAACUCCGAGAACCUAUGGGAGCUGUUAAGUUCGAGCCCGAAAGAGAGCAUGAGGGACGUCAAGGCUUUCUCUCGUCACCGUGAUGCGUGGCAAAAGCUUUGGGAAGAGGAGACUUCUGUGCGCAAUAAUUUGCUAUACCAGGAGUCAUCGGCGUACCGUCUCAUUCGUGAUUUAGCCAGCGAUUCUAUGUGGAGUAUUGUAUCUCUAUCUUCCCUUCGGGGCGAGUUCAUUCAUGAUGACAGGCUGGUAGCCUUGUUGCGUCAUUGUAGGCGUUAUCCAUCUGAUACGCUCCCCCUUGCCAACCGGACUAACUCUGCAGAUAUGCAAAGACUUCACGCUGAGGCAGAAAGAACAACAAAAAUGGCAUUUUUGUUUGCCAGUAGCAGUAUUAGUAAACCGAAGCCGAGUAUGACUUCUGAAGUGGAAAAUGAGAAGGCCGAGAGGGUCGAUGAUCCUCGCAUAUUUCAUUAUCGGCAGCUCUGUGGAGCCAUCCGACGGAAGGGUGCUGCCGGCGUUACAGUGCAGCGGGGGAGAUCGACGCCGUUUGAGGCACCACCGAUACGUACUUGCUUUCCUCAAAAAAAGCUCUUCAUGGAGCGAUCCCCCGAUUCUGUCUGCAUGGAAGACCUCCCUGAGGGGGUUUACGAGGAGACCUUGGCGAGCUACACCGCGGUCCGCCAUGAUAUCAUUUCCACAGAGCGCAGGGCGUACCGAAAUUUAAUGCAAAUGAUCCGUGAAGUGCUACGGAAACAGGUACAAUUGGAUGAGUUGGCGCUGAAGCGUGCGUAUGCGGAGGAGAUGGCGGCUUCAGAUGCUUUUGACAUCAAUCAUUACGUGUCAUUUUACGAUGAUUCUUGA